AUGUCAGAUGAUGAUGAUUUUACAGAUGAGAUGUUCUACGAUGAUGAUGAUUUGCAAGAGGAAGAAGAACUAGAUUGGCAAACGGUUGUCGAAGAAGAAGACGGGAAGGAAGUGAUGAUCAACACAAACAAUGUAAGAUACUGUUAUAAGAAAAUAUUGGGAGUAAAUAGAAGGUUUUCCAAUCCAUACGAUAUGUGCGUAGAUAAUAAUCAAGAACUGAUAUUUGUUUGUGAUUCAGGAAAUAACGCUAUUCAAGUGUUUGAGUUAAAUACAUACGAAUGGAAAUACAAAAUUGAUUGUGGUGCAGAUAUUCCAUUUUAUAUUGAGUUCAAUCCAGAGGAUUCAACAAUAUUAUUUGGAUCAAAUGAUAAUACAUUGUACAAAUAUUCAGUCUUUGGAAAAUUAAUUUGGAAAACUACUGGUGGUUUUAAUUUACCUUCUGGAAUUGCUAUUGAUUUCAAUUCAAAGGAGCGAAAUAUUUAUCUUUGUGAUCAAGCAAAUAAUAGAAUUCUUGUUUUAGAUUCCAACGGUAAUUAUGUGAGGGAAUUUGGAAAACAUGGAAGUGGGAAUUUGGAAUUUAUUCAAUCAAGAAAUAUUUGUUUCGGAAAUGAUGAUAAUUUAAUUAUUACAGAUAGAUACAAUCAUAGAGUUCAAAUAAUAUCUAAGGAGGGAAAGUUUAUCAAAAGUUUUGGUAAACGAGGAAGGGAAAAUGGCGAGUUCAAUGAGCCAUGUUCUGUCUGUGUUGAGAAAAGAACUGGAAAUAUUUAUGUUUCAGAUAGCUUUAAUGAUAGAAUACAGAUAUUCACAUCUGAGGGAGAAUAUCUCGAGAGUGUUACUGGUGUUGAUUAUCCUCUGGGUAUCUCUUUGAAUGACCGAAAUGGAGACCUACUUGUUACUGAGUGGAGAUCAGGCAGAGUAGUUAUACUGAAAGAUAAUUUCUUCAUUUCAAGAUAUGAAGAACAUAUCAGAAGGAAAAUGUAUAAAACAACUUGGAGAUGUGAUGUUAGCAUCACUUCUGUUGAUGAUUGUGAAUAA